GAUGACUCGAGCCAAGUUCACCAUCAUUGACCCACUCCUGCCUGGGUCUGGACGAGGUGUCAAAUUUUCUGAUGUUGCUGGUGCUAAGGAAGCCAAACAAGAGGUUAUGGAAUUUGUAGAUUUUUUGAAGAACCCAGAUAAGUAUAGGACUCUAGGAGCAAAGGUUCCUAAAGGUGCAUUGUUGCUGGGUCCUCCUGGCUGUGGUAAAACACUGUUGGCCAAGGCUGUCGCUACAGAGGGUCAGGUUCCUUUCUUGGCCAUGAAUGGUUCCGAGUUCACUGAGAUGAUUGGUGGUCUCGGUGCAGCAAGAGUCAGGGACUUGUUCAAAGAGGCCAAGAAACGUGCACCAUGUAUUGUGUACAUUGAUGAGCUGGAUGCUAUUGGCCGGCAGCGUGCUAGUAACCUUAGUGGUUUUGAUGGUGGAUCAGGUGAAUCGGAACAAACACUGAAUCAGCUUUUGGUAGAGAUGGAUGGUAUUGGCUCCAAAGAAGGUGUUGUGCUUCUUUCUUCAACAAACCGUCUUGAUAUACUUGACAAAGCAUUACUGCGGCCAGGAAGGUUUGACCGCCACAUCCUAAUGGAUCUGCCAAAUCUAGAAGAGCGUCGUGAAAUCUUUGAACAUCACCUCAAAAGCGUAGUUCUAGAAAAACCCACUACUAAUUAUUCUCGACGAAUGGCAUCUCUCACUCUAGGAUUCAGUGGUGCUGAUAUAGCAAAUGUUGUCAAUGAAGCAGCACUACAUGCUGCCAGAUAUGGCAAGAAAGUGGUAACGGGCCUUGAUCUAGAGUAUGCUGUUGAACGUGUAGUUGGCGGCACUGAAAAGAGAUCCCAGGCACUGUCACCAGAGGAGCGAAGAGUUGUUGCUUACCACGAGUCUGGUCAUGCUCUGCUUGGCUGGUUGCUUGAACACACAGAUGCCCUCCUUAAGGUCACCAUUGUUCCUAGAACCAAUCAGGCACUAGGAUUUGCUCAAUAUGUACCAAAGGAUCAGAAGCUCUACACACAGAAGGAGAUAUUUGAGAGGAUGUGUAUGGCAUUAGGCGGGCGUGUUGCAGAAUCUUUGGUGUUUAAUCGAGUGACUACUGGUGCACAAAAUGACCUGGAAAAGGUUACAAAAAUGGCUUAUGCCCAGGUAAGGUCAUUUGGAUUCAGUGAACUAGUAGGAAAUGUGUCCUUCCCUGAAGAAGAGAUGAGAGAGAUUGGACGGAGGCCAUAUUCUCAGAAAUUAGCAUCAAGUAUAGAUGAUGAAGCUUCUCGACUAAUUUUUGCUGCAUAUAAAAACACAGAAACAGUGCUCAAAGCCAAUAUGUUGAAGCUAAAAUUGCUUGCUGAGGCUCUGUUGCAGAAGGAAACUUUAAACUAUGAUGAUGUUGAAGCCAUCCUUGGCCCACCUCCACAUGCUAAUAAAAUGGCCAUAGAACCACUACAGUUUGAAGGGGAAAUUAAUACUUGGAAAGAAGCUGGAAAGCAAAGUUAAGGCAUUGUGAUAAAGCAGUAUAUUGUACAUAAAUUAACUGAGGUGAAAAUGAUUUUUGUAUUCAACCGUUUAUAAAUUUUUGUAUAAUAUAUAAUUUUUUUUU